CUUAGUAUAACCUGUCGACUAAAUUGCUAUCCUAGUAAAAAUUGCUUUCGAUUUUUCGCCAAAUGAAAAUUAAGAGUUUCAGAUACCAUUUUUAGGGCCUUUCCUCCUAUCAAAUGUGUCAUCGACGCUCCGUUGACUCCAGUAGAAACAGUUACCUCGGGAUCCAUCUGGGUUCCCAACGUAUUCGUGCCGUGAUCGUUGAUUCCGAAUUAAAGGUAACUUACGAGUCUGUGGUUAACUAUGAUGUAGACUUGCCAGAAUUCGGAACCAAAAAUGGUGUUAUUAAAAUCGCUGGUUCUGCUGAGUAUCUAUGCAAUCCCGUAAUGUGGGUGAAGUCGUUGGAUAUUUUGAUCGAAUCCCUGGCAACACAGGGGGCUGACCUGCACUCGGUGGUAGCCAUUGGCGGAGCAGCCCAGCAGCAUGGUUCCAUCUACUGGUCCGAUAUGGGGUUGCGCCGGCUAUGUAACCUCAACGCAAUCUUUCGCCUCCACGAGCAGUUGACAGACGAGGCUUUUGAGUUGACGCGCACGCCUACUUGGCGGGACUUCUCCACAGACGUCCAGGUACGCGAAAUGGAGCAUGCGGUGGGUGGGUCUGCCGAAAUGGCAGCCAUAACAGGAUCCCGGGCGCACGCUCGUUACACUGGGCCGCAGAUCAGAAAGGUGUUUCGAAAGUGUCCUGAGCAUUACGAACGCACCAGUAGAAUCUCCUUGCUUUCUAGCUUUUUGGCAUCGCUGCUCAUCGGCGGUAUGGCCGCCAUAGAUUUUACGGACGGUAGCGGCAUGAACCUGCUCGACAUUCACACGAAAGAGUGGUCGCAGAUAUGUCUGGAUGCGUGUGCUCCCGAUCUGGCCCGACGUCUCAUGAAGCCAAUAGCAUCUUCGCGACUGCAGGGGCGGAUCGCCAACUACUACGUCCAGCGCUGGAACUUUCGACCGGACUGUAUGGUUGCGGCGUGUGUUGGUAGCAAGGCUUCAGAGAUGGCCGGACUGCCGGGACUGACAGACUACCUUAUGCUUUCCCUGGGCACGAGUGACGCCAUAUUGAUGCCGUUGAAAGUCGCUCCGGUGAUGUACGAAGGUCACGUUUUGAUCCAUCCAACACGUCCUGAUGAGUUUAUGGGCUUGCUCUGCUUCCGAAAUGGGUCGGUGCCCAGAAAGACUGUUUGCAGGGAUGCAGCGAAUGGCAGCUGGGAAAGCUUCAACCAGAUGCUGGACGACACACCUAUGGGCAACAACGGUAAUGUGGCCAUCCACUUCCUUGACCGGGAGAUCGUACCCAGCGCCCAGGGCACGCUGCGGUGGGACGCCGAUAUUGACCCUAUGACCCAGGAGUCCCUGCGCGGGCUUCCGAAGUUCGAGCUGCCAGAGACCGAGGUGCGUGCCGUGAUCGAGGGUCAGAUCAUGCACCACUGCGCUGUCGCCCGCGAAAUGGGCUUUUCUCCGCACGAGAACACCAAGGUGAUAGUGGUGGGCUCCGAUUCGAGUAACCCCCGCAUUCUCCAAAUAGUGGCUGACGUCUUCAACACGCGGGUGUACCAGCGCAGUGGACCCGAGGCCUGCCUGCUGGGGGCGGUGUUUCGGGCUCGGUACGCAUUCUACGAGCACCGUGAGUGCGCCUGCAACUGUCGGUCCUGCCGGUCCUACGACCGGACGUCCAAGCUUAGCUUCGACGAGUUCUUCAAGAAGGUGCCAGACGGGCUGACGCUGGCGGCGGAGCCGACGCCUGGAUGCGUGCAGGUGUACCAGCCCUUGAUAGGUCGAUGUGCGCAGAUGUGUCAGGUCCUGGCAGCCAACCAGCACGACCACUUUGUUGAGCGGGAGGAGUGAGUUAUUAAAAUGGUCGGUGAAACGGA